GUUGGAACUAGAGACGAGAACAGAAAACACAUCUUCCUUCCUUAUCUCAAAAUUCCAAAAUCCACAAUAGAGACUCGCCCAACUUUUCUACAUUUUUCCAUUGUCAUUAAUCUAGAACCCUCAAUCGCAUUGCAUGAUCUUUCUGAUCAGCCAUGGCGACUAUCUCACCACAACCAGCUCUAGACCUGUGGGCCGUUCUAUUUGAAUCGAAGCGAAUCCUCAACGCUCAUUCUCGCCACUUCCUUGCUCUUUCCGUUCUAUUCCUCCUCCCUCUUUCUUUCUCCUUCAUCGUCUUCCCCACUCUUCAAAACCUCCUCGCUGCUCCAAUCCCCGAUAACUCUAAAAUCUUCCUCAGUUUAACUCUUCUGGAUUCUCCAAAUGAUCAACCCCUUUAUUCCACGAAUACCCUUUUGCUCACUAUUGGUUUUGCCAUCUUCGCCUUCGCCUUCUCGCUCUGCGCCGUCGGGUCAAUCACCUACUCCGUCUUCCAUGGCUUCUAUGGUCGGCCUGUCAAGCUGUUAUCCGCCAUCAAAUCCGUCUUAGCUUCCUUCUUCCCUCUUCUGGGAACCGCUCUUUUCGUCCAAAUAAUCGUCGCGGUCAUCGUUCUCAUCUUCGGGCUCUUCCUAUAUCUGGUGAUAACCUCAGCUCGUUUAUUGGGGUUUGAGAUCGCGAUCUCAUCUCCUUAUUUGAUCGGAUUAAUCGGGUCUGUUGGAAUUGUUCUAAUGAUGGUUUUGUUGUAUAUGCAAGUGAAUUGGACCUUGGUAUGUGUGGUCGUGGUCGUGGAAUCGAAUUGGGGUUUUGACGCUUUUAGGAGAAGUGCUGGUUUAAUUAAGGGAAUGAGAGGAAUUGGGUUAUCUAUGUCCCUGUUUUUUGGGUUUUUCGUUGGGAUUUUGGCUUGGUGUAGUUCGUUUUCGGCAAUGGGUUUCGAUGAUGAUAGUGCUGAUGGGUGGAAGAGUUGGCAAUUUGUUGUUCAAAUUGUGCUGACGUCCACUUUUCUGAUGCUCGUUCUGCUAUACGACGUCGCUGCCACCACUGUUCUGUACAUGUACUGCAAAGCUGUUCAUGGGGAGCUAGCCGUGGAAAUUGCUGAAGAGUUUGCUAGAGAGUAUGUUUGCUUGCCCUUUGAUGAUGGAAAAGUUCCUCAUUUAGUUUCGGUUGUCUAUGCUUGAACAUUGUAAUCAAGGUUAGUCGACUCUGUAAUUUCUCGAGCUGAAACUUUCUUGUGUUUUCAUACUUAGUUUUGGUGAAUCUUUUCCUUGUUAGUGUCCACUUGUAUUGUAAAAUGUGAUGUAAAAGUAGUGAAAAACAAAGAAAGGUUAGUGAUAUAGUGCGAAAAAUAUGACAUCAUUGAGCUUUGUAUAACAAUUUGGGUUGGAUGUGAAUUGUUAAUAUACUUUCAUGGUA